AUUCGUGUACACGAAAGACGUUUAUUCUAUCGAAACGUGGCAGUGAACGGGGCGCUGUUGGCACUUGCUCAAAUGUCUUUACGCGUGUAGUGUGAUAGUAUCGUAAUUGACACGAGUGAGGCGGUUUAAUAAGAAUGAAGUGGCAAAUUUUACUCGCAGCAUUUGCUGCAUUUUGUACCGUAUAUGGAGAGGAAGGGGAAGAAGCUGCCAGGUUGUUAGUAUCUAAACAAAUUCUUAAUAAAUAUCUAGUAGAAAAUAUGGAUAUUAUAGUGAAGUAUACAGUUUACAACAUUGGUAAUGCAGCUGCGUUAGAAGUUGAAAUUACCGAUAAUUCUUUCCAUCCUGAUCAUUUUACUCAUGUAAGCGGAGAGCUUAAUGCUAGAAUAGAUAGAGUACCACCAUUUACAAAUGUGAGUCAUACAGUGGUUGUACGACCACGUAAAUUUGGAUACUUUAACUUCACAUCUGCCGAAGUUUUAUAUCGGCGUAAAGAAGAUGCAUCUAGACUUCAAGUUGCAGUAAGCAGUGAACCUGGCGAAGGACUCAUUGUUUCAUUUAGAGAUUAUGAUAAACAAUUUUCAUCCCAUGUGAUUGAUUGGGCUGGGUUUGCUAUAAUGACUUUACCAUCAUUAGCUAUUCCAUUCGCAUUAUGGUAUUCCAGCAAAAGUAAAUACGAAAAAUUAUUGAAAACUACAAAAAAACAUUAAGUGUGUGUGUUUUGUACAAAUAUUAAAUUAUAAUAAAAUCUAGGUCAUUUAUAAGAAAAUUCACUUGCAAUGUUGUAAGAGAUUUGACUGUUCCAUCGUUUGUGCAUCUAUUUUUAUAAUGGAUAUUAUUUAUAAAUAUUGCCAACUUUCUACUAAAUGAUAAAUGCAUUUAUAUAUUUGUAAAAAAAAACAUCUCAUAGAAAUAUUUAGAAUUUAUUGAUAUAUAUCAUUUCUCUAUAGAAUUAUUUUUUAUUUUUAAAUAAUAGAAAAAGUAUGAUAAAUGAUCCUAUUAUCUUGAAAUGUACAUGUAUAAUUGUUGCAAUUAAUUUGGCAUCUCUUAUAAGCAUAGGAAAACUUAUACAAAAAAAACAAAA